AUGACUUCUCAGAGGACCUUACUUGGCGUCAGUGGAGAGCGAUACAUGAUCGACAAGGAGUUACAAAAAGGUUCCAAUGGAAAGGUGUUCUCUGGUUUAAGAAUUUCUGAUGGAGCGACCGUAGCAAUCAAAUGUUUGUUCAAAGACUUUGAACCAGGACAACUGCCACAAGAAGUGCGGAAUUGUAUGCUUUUGCAAGUAACCGACGUGACUGGAAUUGUGAACAUGUUAGAUUACUGCGUCGAAGAAACAUCAGAAGACAGCAGAAAGAUAGCUAUUGUCUUCGAAUUCAUGCCACUGGAUCUCUACAAUUAUAUGAAUGAAUAUGGAGUGAAAGAGGUCCAUGUCAAACGGAUCGUGAAAACGGUGAUUAAAACAUUACUGAGUAUGCACUCAAAGGCAAAAAGAAUGCACAUGGACAUUAAAGAGGAAAACGUUCUAAUUGAUCCGGAGACUUUCGAAGUCAAGCUAUGCGACUUCGACAGCUUGGCUUCAACAUAUCGUCUGAUGACAAAAAGAGUCGGAGGAACGAUACCUUGUCUUGCGCCUGAAACGGUUAAAAAAGGUCAGUUUUUCCCAACAAGGUCUGUAACAUGGAACGUUGGAAUCAUGACAUAUUCUUUGCUAAAUGAUUUGUAUCGUCCAUGGGAUAUAUAUAAGAAUCAAGACGUCUCGAAGCUGGUGUACGACAGCGAGGUUUCUACUCUUGGUAAAGACUUUGUGGCUUCAUGUUUGAUCAAGAAUGUGUUGUGUCGACCAGAUUUGAUCAUGUUGUUGGACAAUCCAUGGUUUAACGAUGAUUCUGAUGUUGAAUUCACUGAUGAUUCAGAUGUUGAAUUAAAUGAAUAA